GCAGUGAUCACAAAGUCGAGAAUCGAAUGUAAUGGGCUACACAAGACCGACAUCCAGGUCACCAAGAUGAGCCACAUGGUGGCUCCACUGCCAAGCGACAAACAAGUGAUCAUUAUCCCUGUGAUGGAUGAGGAUGUGGAGAGAGUGAUCUCUGUGAUUGUGAUUUAUUGUGGUGUCCUGGAGAACGUUGAUGAACUGUCACUGAACCUUCUAGAAAAACACAUUUGUGCGACUUGCAAACGGGUGCAUGCACUCCUGAACCCGCUGAGCUGGAGCCACAUCGGUUUACAUCAGAGCUACACAGCAGCAGCAGAGCUACCUGGGGCAUUCAACGAGCUCGACCACAAGAUUCUCCAACUGUGUGGUGAACUGUACGACCAGGAUGCUGCCUCUCUUCAGCUGAAAGUUAUUCACUACUUACAGGAGGAAACUCAGUCGACAUGUUGCUGCAUGUUGGUGUUAUCGGAAGACAAUGGUCAGCUCUUCUGUCGGGUUGUUGGAGAUAAAGUUCUGGAGGAAGAGAUUCUCUUUCCGUUGUCGUUUUCUGAUUUUGAACAGUCGGAGAAAGACAGUAAAUCAAUGACCUUGAAUGACAUCACAGCGGAGCAGCAUCGUCAGCUCAACAACAUCCUAGGAUUCGAGGUUUACUCCAUGUUGUGUGUUCCUGUCAUCUGUAAAGCAACUGCGCAGGUAGUCGCCAUGGGCUGUGCAUUUAACAAGCGAUCAGGCCAUUAUUACACCGAAGUGGAUGAGCACAAGAUUCGACAUUGCUUCCGGUACACAGCGACAGUCCUGACAAGCACGAUGUCUGUUCAGAAGGAGCGCAAGCUGAAGUUUGAAUGUCAGGCCUUACUUCAAGUUGCCAGGAACCUCUUCACACAUUUGGACAAUGUUUCAGUCCUGCUCCAAGAGAUCAUACAAGAAGCGCGGAAUCUUACUAAUGCAGAGAGCUGUUCCGUGUUUCUCCUGGAGCAGGACAAUAAGGAGCUGGUUGCAAAGGUGUUCGAUGGGGGCUUUGUAGCUGACGAGUCCGCUGAAUUCAGGAUGCCAGCUGACCAGGGCAUCGCUGGGCAUGUGGCCACUACGGGCAAAAUCCUCAACAUCAAGGAUGCCUACUCUCACCCCCUCUUUUACCGGGGCAUGGAUGCCAGCACCGGCUUCCGCACACGGAACAUCCUGUGCUUCCCCAUCAUCGAUGACAACAACCAGAUUGUAGGAGUGGCAGAGCUGUGUAACAAGAUAAACGGACCCUGGUUUACAAAGUUUGAUGAAGAUUUAGCUCUGGCCUUCUCCAUUUACUGCGGGAUCAGCAUUGCCCAUUCGUUGUUGUACAAAAAGGUUCACGAAGCCCAGUACAGGAGUCACUUGGCGAAUGAAAUGAUGAUGUACCACCUGAAGGUAACAAACGACGAGGUCACGAAAAUGCUGAGGUACGGGAUACAACCAGUGGAUGAGAUUCAUCCAGACUUUUCCAAAUUCUCCUUCACUCCCCGCUCCAUUCCUGAGGAAAACACCACCAUGGCGAUACUGAGUAUGGCAGAGGAUAUGAAAUUCAUAGCCACCUACAAGAUAGACGUGCCAACUUUAACAAGGUUCUGCAUGAUGGUUCGACGGGGAUACAGAGACCCUCCCUAUCACAACUGGAUGCAUGCCUUCUCUGUCACUCACUUCUGUUACCUUCUCUUCAAAAACCUAGCACUUCACGACUACUUACAGGACAUGGAGAUUUUGGCUUUGUUUGUGUCGUGUAUGUGUCAUGACCUGGACCAUCGAGGGACAACAAACUCAUUUCAAGUGGCAUCAAAAUCUGUGUUGGCUGCACUGUACAGUUCUGAAGGAUCAGUCAUGGAGAGACACCACUUUGCACAAGCCAUCGCCAUCUUGAAUUCUGAAGGGUGCAACAUCUUUGAAACCUUCUCUCGGAAGGAUUACCAGAAAAUGCUGGACAUGAUGCGUGACAUUAUUUUAGCAACUGACAUGGCCCAUCACCUACAUAUCUUCCCACAACUACAGGAAAUGGUUAAAGCUUACGACAAUGACAAUCCCGAACAUCACAAGCUGCUGUUGUGCCUACUAAUGACUGCCUGCGACCUCAAUGAUCAAACCAAAGGCUGGAAGACCACAACAAAGAUAGCGGAACUGAUUUAUAAAGAAUUCUUUUCACAAGGAGAUCUGGAAAAGGCAAUGGGGAACAAUCCACUUGAGAUGAUGGACAGAGAAAAGGCUUAUGUUCCCGAACUCCAGAUCAGCUUCAUGGAACAUAUUGCAAUGCCAACUUAUAAGCUCCUGAAUGACAUCAUGCCAAAGGCAGAGAUUCUGUACCAGAGCGUGAAGGCGAACCGGGACCAGUGGGUAAAAGUUGCUCCAAGGUUCACCACAACGGGUCUCCCGAGUGACAACUCACUGGACUUUUUAGAUGAAGAUGCGACAGAUGUAAUAUCCUCACCAACCCCUUCUCCAGUGACUCAGAGCAGCAUACCUAACAGCACGCAAUCCACAUCUGAACAAUGAUUAUUUUUAUUGCAGUUUAAAAGAACAGAAACAAAAUACAACAAAAAAAAAUCAAGGAAGCGACUGACAACAGCAGAAAUUGGCAUCUUUUAAAUUUAUUUAUUUUUUAUAGGUCUGAAUAUUAACUGAGCGGUUACUCCCCAGCAUCUCUUUCUCACUCAUGUUUUUUUUUCUCCCGACGUUUGCACUUGACAGAAACAAACAGUUGCAUUGAUAUAGCACCUUUAAGGUAGUCUAAGUACCAUCACACGAAAUUGUUUCACUGGAGUGUUAUCAGACAGGUGUUGACACUGGCAUGCACAAAAGACCAAAAGGUAGUUUUUUUGAGGCACAUUUUGAAAGGAGAUGCAGGGAGGCCAAGGGGUUGAGGGAAGGAAUUCCAGAAUUCCGGGUGGGGUGGGAGUGGCAACUGAAGGCCUGGCUGCCAAUGGUGGAAUCAAUGGGAGUUGGGCACAUGGAAGAGGCCAAAAUUACAGGAGUCUGA